CUUUAAAGUGACGUAGUGACAAAGCGACGAGCUAAUCUGUUAGCUGUUUGGGGGCUACAUGGUCGAAUCGGGGAGCGGAGUUGUAAAUUAUUUGUUGUUGGGAGAGAAUCAAGAUCCAGCUGGGUUUGUCUCCAUCGUCAGGCACACAGAGGUCUUAACCUCUUAUCACCAUGACAGACUCGAAACGUCUCGCCUUCUCCAUCAUCCAGUUUCUCCACGAUCAGCUACAGUCCGGCAGACUUUCCUCAGAUGCCCAGGAGAGUCUGGAAGUUGCCAUCCAGUGUUUGGAGACGGCAUUUGACGUUUCCUCUGAUGACCAGAGCCUCGCUGUCCCUGUAACCUUACCCGAGAUCUUUGAGUCUACCGCAGCCAAAUUCCCGGCUCAGACGCAGGUCAACAACAACGCAACCUCCAGCUGCACCACUGAAGAGCAGAGAGCUGAGGCCGAGCAACUCAAAACCGAUGGUAAUGACCAGAUGAAGGUUGAUAACUUUGCAGCUGCUGUAGAGUUUUACUCCAAAGCGAUAUCCCUGAACCCUCAGAACGCCGUCUACUACUGCAACAGGGCAGCAGCGUACAGCAAACUAGGAAACUACGCUGGAGCCGUGCAGGACUGUGAACAGGCCAUCCGGAUCGACCCAAACUACAGCAAAGCCUACGGGCGGAUGGGUUUGGCACUGACCAGCCUGAACAAACACACGGAGGCCGUGAGCUACUACAGAAAAGCUCUGGAGCUCGACCCCGACAACGAAUCCUACAAAGCCAACCUGAGGAUCGCCGAGGACAAGCUGGAGAGUCCAACGGCAGGUGUGGGUGGAGUGGACCUGGCUGGUUUACUCAGUAACCCCGGCUUCAUGAACAUGGCUUCGUCUCUGAUGACCAACCCUCAGGUUCAGCAGCUGAUGUCUGGGAUGAUGUCAGGAGCUUACGGCGGGAUGGGAGGAAACGCUGAACACGGCGCUCCUGCAGGCGGAGAUUUAUCAGGACUGAUCCAAGCAGGUCAACAGUUUGCUCAGCAGAUGCAGCAGCAGAACCCUGAACUUAUCGAACAGCUGAGGAGUCAGAUACGCAACCGGACGCCGAGCGCUGGGAACGAGGAGCAGCCGUGACGUCAGAAAAGGUGUGAAGGGUGUUCAUCCAGGAGUUGGUUUUCAGACUGGCUGGUCUCUUUUAUGCUGAUCUAAUUCACGGUGACUUGAGGGACUAAAAGGAAACUUUCCAUCCGGUGUGCGAGACUUGGUUCAGGAAACAGGUUCACCAAAAACACAGACUUCCUGCUGCUGCGGUUUUUAGGAGGAAACUUUUCAAACCAAACGCAGAUUCACUAAAACCAGGAAACAGAUUCCACACGUUUAAAACAUGUCAGAUGUUUGUUUUUCAGGACAUAAAAAGAGAAAAGCUUUUAUCUUAAAAAAUUAAAAAUAAAUAAAAAACUACACGGUGUAAGAGUU